AUGUUGUAUAACUCCCAUCCUGUGGCUUCACUAGUUUCCCAUCGAUGUAACUCUGUCCAUCCCUCAACGCCAUGGAGGUUGAACGACUCGACUACACAGAUUUUCUCAAUGAAGCGCCUGGCCGACAGGAGGCCUUCGUCCAGCAUCUCUACGCUGCACUCUCGCGUGUAGGGUUCGCGAAAAUAACUAACCAUCCCAUCCCAGAGUCCGUUAUCUUGCAAUUAUUCGCAUGGACCAAGGGUUUUUUCACGCUGCCGCUCGAGCACAAACGAAAGGCUGCUCACCCCCCACAGCCUAACCCCCACCGUGGGUGGAGCUGCAUUGGUCAAGAGAAGUUAUCGGUCAUCGCCCAGGGAAAAGCUGUUUUGGAUCUCAAGGAGUCUUUCGACAUGGGGCCAGGUGAUGAUGAACUGUAUCCCAACAUUUGGACCGACGAGGGCGAUCUCCCGGGAUUUCGUGCCUUCAUGGAGGACUUCUACGGACGAUGCCAAUCCUUGCACCUGCAGCUGCUGUCAGCUAUUGCGCGGUCGAUGCAGUUACCGGAUUCGUACUUUGCUCCGUUAUGCAGCCAGAAUAGCAGCGAGUUGCGCUUAAACCACUAUCCGGCUGUGUCGCGGCACGAUCUCACGACCGGAACUAUGCGCAUUUCGAGCCAUACUGAUUUCGGGACCAUCACUUUGCUCUUCCAGGACUCCGUUGGGGGUCUGGAGGUCGAGGACCAGACGCGACCGGGCCAUUACAUGCCCGUCGCGGCGGACGACUGCACCGAUAUAAUCGUAAACGUGGGAGACUGUCUGCAGCGCUGGACCAACGACCGGCUGCGCUCGGCCAAUCAUCGAGUAACCCUACCACGAGGACUGACCCACGGCAUGGUGGAUGAUAGAUACUCCAUUGCCUACUUUGGCAAACCGAGUCGCGAUGUUUCAGUGCGCACUCUGUCAGCCCUACUGCGCGCAAAUGAGGAAGCCAAGUACCGAGAGGAGAUGACAGCCUGGCAAUACAACCAAUCCCGUCUCUUGCAGACAUACUAGGGCAAUUUAGGAUGGCUGACGAUUGGAGAGGGUGGAGACUAGGG